AUGAGCCGAAGAGGCCGUGGCAGCAAAAGUGCGAAUUCUCUGGCUUACGGGCGAGGGGGCAGCGUGAUGGGCGUCAGUCGUUCAGUCUAUUGCGAAGAGUUGACGGUUUUCCCGGAGAUGCCGCCGUUUUUUCCCGACCCUGUCGUCCUGGACGCGGAGGAUUCCUACUUGAAACAAUUUCGUGACGAACUCCUGCGGCAGGAAUACGAGGCAAGUGUGAGGGCCGUCUUUCACAGGAUUCAAGGAAAGCAAGUGCACUCGGAAGAAAGGCAAAUACAACGGCGAAAUAAAUGCCUUGAUCGGAGCGGCACUUUAUUACAUGACUCUGGCGGUGCUCAUAAGUCCAUCAAUGACGAUGAGGGGGAUGCUGGGAAAUUGGAUCCCGCAUCGUGUUGGGUUUUGCCAUCCGUCGUGUCACCACACUUCACAGGCAGGAACACAACCGUGGAGGUCCUUUCAGCGACGUCAAUAGAAGGAGCAACGUCAAUUAAACAAAGUAAAAAGGGGGGCGUCCCCAACAAGGAGUCUGUAGAGCCAUUGCUUUUGGUCCCGGAUACGGGUGUGUCAAUGCCCACUACGUUUGCCUUUGCGUCUCCAGAGAGGCGCGAGGCGAAUCAAAAACGUUUUUCUUUGCUAGAACAGUCAGUGUACAUGACAGAACCUUUUCCGGCUGCAUUACUUGCAGUGGCAGAUGAGGUGGGUAGUAAAAAUCUGUCCAGUGAGACGCGCGAUUCUCUGAUCGCGAUAGCCGAUGCACAUAAGCAAAUGGGUAUUAUCAGCCAUUUCACAACGCAAACACCAACACUUGGGGAGCUUUCCAGGUUGCGGACACCAUCACCUGGAAAUGGUACCACACCUGCCCUUACACCAUCCCCUCGUUUUGUCCCUGCAUUUUCAUUGGCAGAUGUAAUUGCUUGGGGGGCAGAGCAGCGUUUAGCGACUGAAAUGUUUUGCGAGUCCAUUUGUGAAGAUAUUGUGAAUUUGGCGGCAGAAAUAUACGUGAAACGCACAUUUGAUUCUAUGGCAACCGCCUACACAGCCUUUUCCGUGUGGGACGAGGUGCAUGACUCUGUUGUUCGCUCUUUUAUUCCACAGAACCCUUAUGAACUUCUUCCGCGCGAGACCAGGCGCACCGCCGCCCCUCCCAUUCGACAAAAAACAAAAAAAAUGAUUUCCGGGGCUAUUGUGGAAUUUCUGUCAGUGGAUACCGGAGGCACGAGAGGUACAAAAGGGAUGGCGAAGUCAAAAAAUGGAGAAUUACUUUACUUGGGUUUGCUUCCAGAGUGGUCUUUGGCUCCAUCGCUUCUUGAUGCCGAGAGCAUUAUUCUUUUUCACCGCCGGGAAACGGCGGCUUCAAGGUUGUUUACUGGCGAUGAUGUCACCGAACCAAAUGGGGUGAUGGAGCAGCAGCAAAGUUUGACCUUUUCACGCCUUCUCGAUGCAUAUUUGAAAGGAAAUGAGAAGAAACCGGUGACGAGUGGAGUUGUUAAAGGGUCGUUUAAACCAGUUAAAGCAUCAUCGGUGAUUGAAAAAGAACAUGGAGCCAUCUAUGAGGGUGACGACGGUCCCGGUGCCCCGCCUGAACCCAUUCCUUUGGAUGAAUACGCCCGGUAUGUCCUUCCAAAGGUUGCGGAGAUUGAGCAGCAGGAGAGCGCGGGGGCUAACGGAAAGGAAGAGGAUUUAAAAGGAAAAAAUGAGACGUUGGCGCGAAGACAGUCAAAACGGUAUGGAACGGGUAACAAGAGUAGAACUUCUGUAUACUCAGCAAGUCCUCGAACGCGCAAGGAAGGGGGCGAAGGUGAACCAAAGGUUGUGGCGCAUGGUAGCAACUCUCUUAUGGAUGAUGGCAAUGAAGCGGAGCGUAACAAUUUACAAGGCAAGAGAAAAGGACGUCGCCAAAAAAAUAGGACUGCUGGUGACUACCAAGAUACAAUGAUGGCCAGCCGUUCCACAAAAACAAAGGCAUCUACUCAAGUGGUGGAAGACGAUUUGACGAAGGCGUUGCGACAAUUGCCAAACGGUUAUUUUGCCGCUAAUACGGCGGGGAACAACGGUGGCACGAAUGCGCGAAACACCGUACCAGAAUCCUUUGUAUUCAUUGAAGGUGAUCGUGUUCUGACCUUCUCUACAAAUACUAAGAGGAAAAGGCCACAGAAAAAUGCCUCUAAUAAUACGAAAGAUCCAAGACUGUCGAGGACAAAUAGCCGCAAUAAAGAGUUCAAUUCAUCUCCAUUGCGUGAGGACAUAUGGGACGAUGACGGCACCGGAAAAUUGUCCGUAAAUAUCGGGAAGAGUGGCUGCCUAUCAUUGAAUUUUGUACCCAACAAAGUCCCUGAUGAAGAUGUUGAGGCGAGCGGUGACGCAGGAUUGUUGCUAAAAUCCCCAACAAAGGGGUCUCAGUCUCCAAACCGUGGGAACCGUUAUUUGAUUCUUUCGCGCAAGCAACAAAAAGCAUUGGAGGAAAGGCGGCGGCGUCAGAAGGAGGCGGCUGAAAAAGCUGCAUACGAAGGUAUGUUCUUUACGGCGCCUCCACCUUGUGCCCAGAAGGAUGCGGAUGACACAGUGAGAGCUGACGCUAAUGAUACGAAAGCUUCUAGUCCAGAACAGAGGCAGCCGCUGAAGAUUGCUCCUGAGCCUGGCGUCGUCGUGGAAUCGUGGCCUGAAUCACAGACGGAGAAGGAGACGAAGAAGAACACCGCAAAAAAAGAUGCAUCACGUGGACGUGGCAUAAAACCGUCACAGAGUCAAAACACGAUGGGAGAUAUGGGCGUCGUGUUGGCUGACGGUGGCGAGUGGAUUGUACCGGAAGGGAAGUAUCGCUGGUCCGGUUUUGACCCGGCGGCAGAGGAAACUCAUGUGGCAGUGGAGGGGGCGGCAGCGCGGUCGAAACCAGUACCUUUUUCUAAAGCCGCUUCCUCCCAGGCGUUAAAUACAAAGCAGCAACAUCAGGAAGGACGAGGGCAGCGCCAAGGGGGAAAGGAAAGGGGUGAUAAGACUGAAGGUAAGGAAUCAAUGCCUACGGCAAAACCGCCUGCGGAUAAUUCAGGGGCAACUAUUUCUCGUCCUGUGCGACGAGCUCCAGCUGUGGUUUCUUCUUCGCAGCAUCCUGAAAAGGUGGAGGGGAAGAAACAACAGACGGAGGCUGCGACAACGGAGUGCAUUGAAAAUUCCGCAGUUAAGCCCGCCGCUCCCAUGCAAACACUUGGAGCGAAAAAUAGACCUCGAGGCCUUAAAUUGCCACGACUUCCUCAGCAAUUCCCGCGCGGUGACUCGGCGGCACAUGAUGCCGCCAGCUCCUUGAAAAUACCAUCGUCGUUAGAGUUGGACAAAAUACGCCAAUUAGCCUCUGUUCUCAAGCGAGAGACACGAUGA